AUGAAGCCCGUUACCAUCGCAACCAUCGUCGGACUGCUGCUGUGCUUUGUCGCAAUAGACGGCAUUGUGGCGCGUUCGAGCGGUGCAGACCGGAAGAAGUCGUACGACGAGUACGACUACGACUCGAACACCUCCAGCGGUGGGGGCGGCGGCGGUAGCUACGGCAGCAGCAUCGGCAGCUACUCGCCCAAGUCGGGCUACAGCGCUGGAAGUGGGCUGCGUUCGAUCGCCCAGGGGUCCGCGGAUCAGGCGAACUCGGCCGUCGCCAAUCAGCACGCGGCGGCCAAGCAGGCUGCGUACGUGGCGCAGAACACGCUGGCUCAGGCAGCUUCGCAGGCGGCCGCUACCGCCCAGGCCGCCCUCGCCGGGAAGCACGUGCUGCUGCAGGGUCUGGAGCAGCAGAGCCUCGAGGCCCACCAGGCACUGGACGCGGAGAUCCAGCAGCUGCAGCAGGCCAAGCGGUCGGCCAAGGCGGCCCAGCACGCAGCCCAACAGGCACUCAACCACGUGCAGGUGCUGACCAGUGCCCUGAACAACGCGCAGGUGGCGGCCGAGCACGCCCAGCAGAGUGCGUCCGAGGCGGCGGCUGAGUUGGCCUCCCAGACGCAGAUGGUCGGUUCGGCGAAGCAGCGAGUUGAGGCGCUCGAGGAGCAGCUGAAUUCGGCCCGCGUCGACUUUGAGGCGACGCAGGAGGCGGCUCACAAGGCGGCUGCUUCGGCGCAGGAGGCUCAGAACAACGCGGCCGAGGCGGCGGCUCAUGCGGCCAUCCCGUUGGUGCACGUCUCGCAGUCGUCGCUCGGGGACUCACACUCGCACGGGCACUCGCUGCAGGCCAAGAUCGGCAAGGCCAGCGGAGGGCAGCACGCGUCGUCGGAGGACGAGAUCAACAGCGGCGAGAUUGAGGUCGCCGCCAACCACAACUACGGCGAGUUCGUCCCUUCGAAGCAGACGUUCAGCUUCGCUGGCUACUAA